UUUCCUGCAGCUGUGUAGAGACACUGCAGUGCGCUCUGCUGUUCAUAAGAAUAACUUGGACAGGCGAGGCGAAAUUUAUCAAAUUCUGCAGUUUUGAUCCGUCAUCAUGGCCGAAGCGUCCAAUCACUCCCCUGCCAAUGACAAUGAGCAAGAAAAGCAACAGCUAAACAAGGAGAAGAAACACGACUCUGGAGCGGCGGAUCUAGAGAAAGUCACGGAUUAUGCCGAGGAGAAAGAGAUCAUCUCGACUUCAACAGACCUCGAGGAUGCGAUAACUAUUAUACGCAACAGAAAAGUGGCCGAAUCCGCGGAGCAGUUGGCCAGAGAACGAGAAUUGGCCAAAGUAGCCAUUAACAAAGAAGAUGUGGAUCUCAUCCUUAACGAACUUGAAAUCAACAAGACCAAAGCUGAGCGCACCCUUCGUGAGCAUCAGGGCAAUGUCGUUGAAGCUCUAGCUGCCUUGACCAAUUGAUUAAUAAACAUUUCGUUGUCAUAUACAAA